GAAUGACCCCAGAAUAAAAUCGAGAAAGCCGACGGAACAUAACAGGCGAUCUAAAGACGGUUAUACUAAACAGAGACGGCCUGUGAGGCAUAAUCAUGAAGAAAUUAAAAGGAAAUUGACUGCAAAAAAUUCAUCCCUAAUUCCCGCGGCUGUGUUUAAAGCACGUUCUGGUUCGGCCGAUUUAAAUGUUUCUUGGCCAAAAGUGGCACCACGCUUUAGAGCGAAGAAAUCAUCAGCUCGCAUGACACAAAUGAUGUUACAAGAAGCUGAAGAGACGAGCCCUCGUUAUGUGCCACUAAAUGAAGAUGAUCUGACAGAAGAAUUAAGCCCUUAUGCUAUUAAGGAGCAGCUAACUCGCAUCUCGUCCAAGUUUCCCAAUACAAAUAUAAGCGUCGAGGUCAUAGGCCGCACAGUGGAGUAUAACGACAUAGUCAUGCUGAGAAUCAGCGAAUUAUCCGACUUACAACGACAUUUCCGAGCGGAGGACGACAAAUAUGCUGACGAAUGGCCCCAAAAGAAAAUAGUCCUUAUUGUCCAUGGCCUAAGUGUCAUGGGUCUAUCGAGUUUACAAUGCUUAUCGGCUGAGAAGGAUUUUGCGAAACUAUUAUCGUUCUAUUUGGCGCAUUUAGAUAACUUCGACAUAUUCCUCAUUCCGUUGGCCAACCCUGACGGCUUUGGAAGGUCACAAUAUGACAGGUUUUGGAACAAAAAUAUGUCCCCACAAAAUGCCUGUCCCGGCGUCAACGUGGAUCGUAAUUUCGACGUAGCCUGGAACGGCUUACACGUAAUCUCGUCUUGCAGCCAGCAAUACCCUGGCACCACGCCCUUCUCCGAAACAGAAUCCAGAGCUAUCAGAGAUGUCUUUCAUAAGUACAGCCACAAAAUUGUGGCUUAUUUUCACGUGCAUGCCGGUUCAUAUGAUGAUUCUGUUUAUAAAGGAGAAGCAGUGCUAUACCCCAAAGGCUUUUCCGAAGUCCAAUCUGAUGAUGAUAAAUAUAUAGAUCUUCGAGGAGAAAUAGAUGAAGCGAUGCGCAAUGCCAGCUUCCAGACGAUCUCGGUGGCCGUAGUGAGUUUGUAUAAUUGGUACGGAAAGGUUUUUGGAACAAGUGUGGACUAUGCUGCUACGAUCUAUGGCAUACCAUACUCUAUGGAGUUAGUGAUGCAGCUUUACGAGGACUAUUACUUCGAUACGGAUGAGAAGUUCUCAGAAGCAGCUCUCGACGAAAUCUGGAGUCGAGUAAUCGAUGUCAUAUUUAAAAACAUAUGGAAGAACACGCAAUCCACAGACCCAUAA